UAGAAGAAAUCAACAUACAAUCACGUCACACGUGUGGAACGGAAAUAAAUUUCUGACUCAACUCGGGAUCGAAUCCGGGUCUUGCCUUUCAACUAAAAGCAAGACCACCGAGAUAGUGGUCUUACUAAAAGCCCAUGUAGAAUCAGAAAUUCCUUACAGUGAUGUGUGAGGUGGCUUCGUGCGCUGUCGAGAAAGUUACCAGUUAUCUGAGUGCGUGAAAGGGUAGGGUUACUUUUUCAUUUAUAUGGUGAUAUUGAGUGGGCCAUAUUUUACCAGUCCAACGUUUGCCAUUCACUUAGCAUCAGAGUAAGAAAGAGGAUGGCGUGCACCACUUAAUUGUCAAAUGAUUCCAAGUUAAUCCCCAACUCGUCUUGAGGAGAUAAAGGAGAAUGCAAAUAUGCAGCUCUGCGGUCGACUUCUCAGACUCCAUUUCCUCUAGCCCAAACGAAGCUGCCUAUCUUUGACAGCAAAGGUGACGAGCUAAGUUUUAUCAACAGUAUUGGCUGCAUUCCGUAAGCUGUUACUCAAGAUGCAGUGAAUGACGGGAGUGAAUUUGUAUUUGCCCACUGUCCCUUUAAUAGGAAGGAAUGAAUAUGAAAAGGGUUUAGCUGAGGACAUCGGACAUCUUAGGUGAGGUGCGGGGAUAUGCACCGCAGCCACAUAGAAGCAACACCUCCACUGGCUACUUAGUCACUUAAUAAAAACAGGUGUCUCGUCAAAUUUUUCUUGAUGGAAAACCGCCGUCACAAGACCUAAGCGAUCCAAUUCAACUUUUAAGUGACAGAAGUCACGGCUCUACGGAAGCGAGCGCUGAUUGCACCCGCCAGAGUCCCCUGGAACACGCCAUGACUCCGUUCAAACAUACAUGCUCGAGGAUUCACUAAUGAACGAACACAUCAAGCACAGACGAGAUGCCGAGUAGCGGAUGGCUAUCUGCCUUGACACGACACUUUACCAGGGCACCCUCACUUUCGCACCCCCAUACCCACGACUGUGGGCAUACCGGUGGAAACGGUAUCCCCACUGUAUCUUCUCAGGCUGCACAUAAUGGCUCCCAGUCCCAAGUUCCUCCUAGUCGACCAACAACCCCCUGGAGGCUGGACACCCUCGAUGACGAAAUCCAGAGAGUCAAUUCCCGGCCAGGAAGCAGCGUCUCCAACGAUCAUCGUCAUUAUAGUCAGCUGAAGAGGAACAGCAGUUACGCCAACACUUCCUCCCAUAGAUCAAAGUCAGCGCCGUCCUCCAGAAGGAUGGAAGGGGAUUUCGGAGCAAUGGGUAUGAGGGGCGGCAAUGGGCACUCCGGUCAGUCGUCGCGCCCGCAGUCUGCUGCAUCACGCCCGCAAUCGGCUGCCUCACGCCCAACGUCAGCUGCCUCCCGCCUAUCAGCACCAGCCCACCCUCUUCUCCGCUCUCAUACCCAGGCGCAGACGACUGCCGGUGGAAGUCCAGGGACUAUGUUACCUGCUCAGGUUAACGAUAACGACUUCGAUGAGACCUUCUACGAGUACGACAUGGACGCCCGGGGACAUUACUUCAUUCCGCCCGUCAUCCCUCCUCUCUAUGACCGCCCGGUGGCCGCUCCCACGCCCCUAUCCACGCGCUGUAAUACGCCCGUGUGGGACAAUGACAUGGAAAAGAGGGUCAGGUUUUUAGAGCCAGAGGUAGUAGGGGAGAACCCUUCUCGACCCCCAAGUGUCAGUUCUCAGUACUCUCACGUUCUCAAGAACUCCACCAGGUUCGCCUUCCAACCGCCACAGGACAUGGUGGGAGACAACAUGCCCCACAAUCCGCGCUACUGCAACUGUCCCUGUCACUUCUUCCCUUGCGGCCGUCGAAGUAUAGGCGUACAAGUCAAGAGGACUGACCCGCCCGAUCCCCGCCCUCGCCACUACAGGCUCUUCCUGACGCCCACCACCCGCGGUCUGGACGACGUCACCUUCGGGAGCAAAUCCCUCAGCUUGGCGGCAAGAGCUCUUCUCUCUCAGGUUGGUUUGUUGGUCGUGGUCUUAGCCUGGUGGGUGGCGGGAGCAGCCAUAUUCUCGGCAGUGGAAGGCACAGCGGAGACCGAAACUGUGAACAACAUGGCAUCGCUGAGAACGGAUCUGGUUCUGGGGCUGGCUACGGAGCUUCGUCAAGUUCUUCCUUACGACGUGGUGUGGCGGACGAAAAUCGAGACGUACAUGGGCCGACUGGAGACCGCCGUGCUCGACGCUGCCAGGGCGGGCUACGCCUCCCGUGCCCCGACUUGGACGAUGUCCGGGGCACUGCUCUACUCGGCCUCUCUCACGACUCUCGUUGGUCCUGGAGGCAUGACCCUCAGAACGGGGUUCAGCCGACUCUUCGCGGUCCUCUUCUCUCUCAUCGGUGCUCCUCUCGUGCUACUUUUGGCCAUUAGCGGUGCCUUCACGAUUCGCGAAGGAGUGGGUAAAGCGUGGGCGUGGCGAUGCGGGCGUGGUAGUCAAAGCAGAGUCGCAGACGAACAAGGACAAACAGUCGAAGGUCGGGCGGGACAAUACGGAAGUGGGCGGGGAAGCUCAGCCCGAAGCACCUUGAAUCUGGCCUCCGUCCGACCGCAAAGCUCGACGAGCUUAGGCGAGAGCUCCCGCCAAAUAGCCCCCAACGGCCCGGGCGAUCUUCCAGGGAGCUUGGAUAGUGCCAAACCGAGACACCCAGCAGGGAAGUCAGAAGUGCCCCAGCAGGCAAGAGUGCCCGUGUUGGACUCGACGUUAAGAGCCAGUACCUCGUCCACGCCGAGGGAUAACGAAAGGUCCGGGAGUAUCUCUUCGGAGCCAUCAUCAAGUGGCAUCAACGUUGCUACCUCCUCCGGCGGCGGCGGCGGCGGUGGCCCCUCCGGCAGAACUUGUCCUCCUGAGGACCAAGCCAUCCAAAGGGCCACCCAGAAUCAAAAAAGAAAACCUGGUUACCCGUUCUACCCCUUGCAACCCCCACCCAGGAAAAAGGACAAUGCGGCACCUUGGGGCGUCUACCUCGGUAUCCUGGCGGCGUAUUUUAUUCUCGGCUUGGCCAUUUUUGCACCCAUUCAGAGAUGGAGCCUCCCGUCCGCCAUUUACAUUUUAACGGGUACCUUGAUAACGCUAGACCACGGAAGCCUGGGAGAAAAGCAAUUACUCGGAUCGAGCAAGAUCAUUAUACCUUACGUGCUAUAUAUGCUCUUGGGCACAAUACUGGUAGCUACUGUCAUCAUUAGUGUUUGGUCUAGUAUAUGCUCCUCCCUGGUCAGCACCGGGAAAUACCUGACUGUUGUCCGACCCACUGGAAGAUAACCUUAGCUAAGGCAAAGCCACAUUUUUCUGGUAGGCAUAUUUUUUACAUUUCCAAUGACGUUAUCAACGUUUGGCCUUGCAAACAUUUUUUAAAAUAAACGGCGGAUGAAAGGGGCGGGAGAAACCUAUUUCAUGAAAAUAUUUUCCGCGAAGAAAAUGCGUUUCGGGAUGUGGUGUAAAUUGUUCAAACAGUCGAAGAAAAUUCAGACUCAUGGAGGAGACACAAAUGAAACAAGAGAGCCGACACGUUAAAUCAUCUGUGUCCAGUGUUGAACUCAUCUUGAAUUUUGUAAAACCCUGCUGAUCUCUUCUGCAAAAAAUGCGAGAAUUUUUCGGCAGUGAAGAGAGAAAUCUUUAAUAAUUGUUAGAGUUUUUUAGAAAUUUGUUAGUCAUUUGUAUUUUUUCAAAAGCAAUGUUUAUAUGAACUAGUUGACCACUGCUUUGUAGUCUAUCCGAAAGAAUACCGCUUUUUAUAAAGAAUAAGUAGCAGUCACGUUGCCGUCCAACUCUUUUUUGGAAUGUGACCUUAGAUGGCGGCUUUUUAUUCUCCACCAACUAUGAAGUAGAAAAAGUUGGUAAAGUUCCAUUUGUUAAGGGCUUAAGAAAGACUAGUAAAAGCAUUGUUGAA